UGGACAGAGUAUAACAGCAGUUCCCCUGAAGCAAGUCUCAGUUGUCCUACCUGUAUCCAUUGUGUUUCACUGAUGCCGAGCACCUCGAGGUUGUAUCUUUUCAUUUCUGCAGCAACUUGAAAUAGUCUUCCAGUCCCCCACAAUGUACGAACGUUCCAUGUACCUAAAAGAAUGGUUGCUCUGGUUGUCAGAAGGGUCAUCAGCCUCGUGACUUCCGAGGGAACUCGGCUUUCACCACGUGACGUCAUAGUUCUUCUUCCAACCCCCAGGGCAGAGUGAAAAUGGUUGGAAUUAUUUUUUCUGGUCAGCGUUUUUUUGGCAAGUAAUUUUUAGUUGGGAUGCGGGCGCCAACCCCUCCUCCUUUAUCCGGGCUUGGGACCGGCAGUAGCCCCGAAGGGACUACAGGCGGAGUUAUUUACAGGUUUACUGUGAACUAUAAGCAUUCCAGUCUCUGACCAAUCGUCAGCUGUGAAAAACAAUUCUAUUGCAAAGCAAAAACGUGAACAUGGAAAUGAAGCGUGGCGUACUAACAAAUUAUCUUUAGCUCUUCGUUACUACACUGAAGCAAUUUUCUUUGCCGAUAGUUCUGAAGAAAAAGCUCUAGGCUAUGGUAAUCGAUCAUGUGUUUUAAGUCAUAUCGGUGUUCAUGAAGCAGUUCUGCAGGAUAUUGAUCUAGCUAUCAAAUACAAUUUCCCUAAAGAUCGUCGUCCACGUCUGUUCAUACGUCGUGCACAAAGUCUUCUUUCACUAAAACGCUUUGAUGAAGCGUUAACGGAAUUUAAUAAUUGUUUGGAAUAUAUUAAAUCUGAACACUUAACAAUUUCAAACAACUUGAAUGAAGCGAUACAAAAAGGAAUAAAAGAUUGCUCAACUUCGAAUAAAGUAUUAAUUAAUGAAUCAGUUACACCAUUCUUUGUACAUGAAGCGAAAUCGUUGAUAGUAAAGCAUGAAAACAAUCAACGGAUGAUUAAAAAGACUGAUAAUAAUGGCAAGAAUAUUACAGAUCAUAAUUUACAUUCAAGAAUUCUUCGCUCUAUUCAUUUACACGACUCACCAACAGUGAGAUUAAAUCAUAACAAUGAAUUCGGUUGGCAUUUUGUAGCGACAAGAAAUAUUCAACCAGGUGAACUUCUCAUACUGGAUACACCGUAUGCUUGCAGACUUCAUUAUGAUAGAUUAUUACUCAAUUGUUAUCGUUGUUCUAAACGAUGUAUAAAUCUUAUACCAUGCCGUAAUUGUACUCAGGUUGGAUUUUGUAGUGAAUUAUGUGAACAAGCAGCUUGGAAUCCAGUAUGGACUGACAAUAACACAUCAUUGCCGUUAAAUUCAACAAACGAUUUAUAUUUACCGUGCCAUCGUUUUGAAUGUGGGCUUGUUGAUCGACUGAUUAUAGAAGAUUAUGCUGGCUGGAAACGAUUACGUAAUAGAUCGUCAGAUGAAUUAAAAGUAUCAAUGAAAAAAUUGAAGUUAUUCAUUGAUAAAUUAUCUGAUGAUGAUAUAAUUGGUGGACCGAAUAUUUCAUGGCUUGCAUUCGCUCUUUUAACUAAAACUGCUCCAGACACAUUGAAUAGAUUAAUCAAGAUUUCCUUGAAUAAAUUAAUCGGUCAAACUAAUGAAGAACAAACAAACAACGAAGAAUUAUUAUCAUUCACUGGUCAACGUGUCAUUCCACAAUGUGAUUGGGAUGAUUAUACAACGGUUGCUUGGCUUUUGACAAAUUCAAAUAAACGUAAAACUAGUGAUUUAUGGCAACGUACUGUUGUAGCGGUUUAUUUAACAUUUUGUCUUGAAGCUGGUGGUUAUCCAAUUACCAGAAAUACUAAUGAUAAUAAUAAUAAUAAUAAUCAAUCUAACUGUGCACUAUUACCAUUUGACUGGGCAUCUACAUGUAUAUUACAUCAUCUUCAGUGUAUCUCAUCAAAUGGUCAUUCAUUAUCAAUACCUGAAUAUAUUUUCUCAGAAAAAAUACCACCUGGCAUAGAUUUAAACAAAUUGACAUCCAUUCAAAUAUCUUCUUGUUUAUAUCCAGUCCUGUCAUUGAUUAAUCAUUCAUGUGAUCCAAAUAUCACUAAUGUUACAAUGAAUAAAUAUCAAUGUGGCAUUUAUUCACUUCGACCUAUUGAACAAAAUGAAAUAAUCUAUGGAAAUUAUGGUUUACAUUAUGCAAUACAUUCUUUGAAUGAACGUCGAAAUUCAUUACAAUCACAAUAUCAUUUUCAUUGUAUAUGUCAAGCCUGUAUAGAAAAUUGGUCAAGUUUCAUGUUUUCUACUGUUACUAAUAGUAAUAAAGACUUUCAGUUGAAAUGUUCAACUUGUUCUGGUAUAAUUAAUUUUGGCAUAGUACCGACAUUAUUGACUAAUGAUAAUGAUAAAUUAUCAACAAAAAAUAUUCAUUAUUGUCAUUGUAGUCAAUCGAUUCAAUUAAAGUCAUUGAGUAAAUUUCAAAAACUUGUUUACAAUGAUUUACACAGUAAAUUUGAUAGUAUACCAUUAACAUUUCAAAAUACUUUACCAAACAAAAUAACAAAUAAAUUUUUAAAUAAAUUUAUUAUUUAUACUAAACAAAUGUUAGAUGCGGAACAUUUACAUGGUAUACUUCAACGACCUUGUACUUCGUUAGAUUGGUUACAAGAAAUGCUUAAACAAUUACUUGAUCUUCAAUAUACUUAUUGGUCAUAUGAAAGUAGAAUUAUUCGAUCAGCAUUUUAAUAAACGAGGCUUUGAUAUGUGUUUUUUUCGUUGCUUGUUAUCAUCUAAUUGUCGUGUUUUCUUCUAUCGAAUGAACCGAAUUAUGGGGGCAUCAGUUGUCCUCUUUGUCUUCCUCUAACUAGAAUGAUCCUAUUUAAUGAUAAACUUUACAAAUUGAUAUUAACGGAAAAUCCCUUGUAUAAUAAAAUCAGUUUCAUAUUCAACAUUCAUAAUCUAAUUUCCAUUGGUUAUGAUGGAAAUCUUCUUGAAAAUGAACAAAUCUUUCAAAUCAUUCAUCCAUAAAAUGAAUGAAUACUUUACUAAUUGGGUACUUACUUCUUUCCUUGUUUAUUUUGAUGAUUUUCCUUUGUGUGUGUGUGUGUGUGUUACUAUUCCCAAUCUAAACUAGAUGAUCUUUUAUAUUUUUGUGAACAGUAUGUUGUUUUUUUUCAUUUUCUCUUUGAAUAAUUUUGUGACUUUAAGACGCACCUCAAUCGGAGAUCAACAGUAGAGAAAAAAAAAUCGUACUUUUAUUCAUUUAUGAAGAAAUUUCCGGUGCUGUUUUGUUAGCUUAUUUAUUUCCUAUAAUAUACUUUACCCAAAGGUUUUUCAAAAUUUGCCUUACAACAAAUAGUUAUUUUUUUUUUUCAUGUUAUGAGCAUUUUAAUCAUUUUUCUGGUAUCAUUAUCUGUUUAUUUCAUUUGUGACUUUUUGCUGCUGAAUUAGUUUAAUUAACGUAAUAAUCAAAUGGAUUUUUGUUUUCUCAGUAUCAUUCAAACAAUCAUGUUUCUAAAGAACUAGGUAAAUGUUUUUUUUUCAAUGCAAUUGAAACACUUUUUUUUAUUUCUCCAUCUUAUGUAAUUUCGUUAUUUGCUACACUUUUGUAUUCCCCCAAUUAAUUUUCAUUUUGUUUUCAAUAAUCUACAAAUUGUUAUUGUUGUAUUUUGAAGUGUAAGUUCAAGAUCUAGGCAUUUUACCAACUGAUUAGUGAAUAGGUUCUUAUAAGGAAAAAGAAAUUUGGUUUCUACAGGAUCUUUUCAUCGAAUGAAGCAACUAAUUUAAAACUAGCUGUUUACUCCUUCCUUAUUUUCAAUGACUUUUGUAAAACUGAACAACCUAAUCAAAUGAUAACUAUUAACAGUUAAGCUAAUUGAAUGUAUGAAAAACUCAAUAGUGGAUGAAGUAUAUUUAUUUUAUUCAGCUACAAUAUAACUGACAAAUGGUAG